GUUCCAGAGUGCUCCACAGAGAACUAGAGCUCCAGAGCCCCACCAGUUCUCUCAGAACCACAAGCAAGUCGGCAUUCGACCGCGCUAAUAUUAAGACUAACGAGAAGAGAACAACAAUAGAAAAAAAAAGUGCAGCUAAUUGGAAACAAUAGAAAAUACGCGUGGCGCACAAAUAUAUCGCACACAGUUACUUUUAUGGCGGAUCAGCAGAGGAGUCUUCGCCAGCAGAAGCAGUCGCAGGCCUCAACUCCAGCCUCCCUCGCACCCGCCCCCCGCAAAUCCAUCAACAACAAAAUUAGCCAAGUGGAGCAGAGCUAACAUCGCUUUUAUAUAAAAAUUUAUAUAUAUAUUUUCUACGAUUUUGUAAGGCCUUUUACGGGCUCCAAGUUAAAGCUCCAUUGAUUGAAGUGGCAAACAAAGCUGUUAAGAUAAGCCAGAAGACCUACCGGCAAACGUAAUCAACAAAUCCCCCCAAAGUAAUACCGCCCGCAAAUCAGAAAAAAAAAACUCGACAAUAUGCGCCUGUUCCCAGUCCGGCUCUCGGCCGCCUCCUCGUCGAUGACGAGCCUGGCCAAAAUGCUCGAUUUCUACUCGGGCUUCAAUCCAUCGCCUCUGUCGAUAAAACAGUUCAUGGACUUUGGUCAAAAUGCCUGCGAAAAGAAAUCCUUUAUAUUCCUGCGAAAAGAGCUACCCGUUCGACUGGCGAACAUCAUGAAGGAGAUCGCCCUCCUCCCUGACAACCUUCUCCACACAAGAUCGGUGACCGAGGUGAGUGGCUGGUAUGUGAAGAGCUUCGAGGAUGUUCUGGAGUACGAGAAAGCAGAACCCACACACGACAAUCUUCAAAAAUUUGUGCAAGAUUUGGAUCUCAUCAGGAAUCGUCACAACGAUGUGGUGCAAACCAUGGCCCAGGGUGUCAUCGAGAUGAAGGAGAACGAGGGCGGCCAGGUGGAUGCACCCACCGAGAGCUCCAUCCAGUACUUUCUCGACCGCCUCUACAUGUCCCGCAUCAGCAUCCGAAUGCUGAUCAACCAGCACACCCUACUCUUUGGCGGCAAUCCCCAUUCGGGUGGUCGUCAUAUCGGCUGUUUGGAUCCCGCCUGCGAUCUGUCGGACGUGGUGCGAGAUGCCUACGAGAAUGCUCGAUUCCUGUGCGAUCAGUACUACCUGACCAGUCCGGCGCUGGAGAUCCAGCAGCACAGCAGCGAGCCAGCGGACAACCUUCCCAUCCGCACCGUUUACGUGCCCUCGCAUCUAUAUUACAUGCUCUUCGAACUCUUCAAGAACUCAAUGCGAGCGGUGGUGGAGCAUCAUGGCCAUGACAAUAAUGACACGCUGCCGCCGCUGAAGGUGGCCAUCUGCAAGGGCAAGGAGGACAUCUGCGUGAAGAUCUCAGACCAGGGAGGCGGCAUUCCCCGCUCCCAGACGGACCAACUAUUCAAGUACAUGUACAGCACAGCUCCCCAGCCCUCCAAGUCGGAUCUGCAUACGGUUCCUUUGGCGGGUUAUGGCUACGGCCUGCCGAUCUCUCGACUCUAUGCUCGGUAUUUCCACGGAGAUAUUGUGCUGCUUUCCUGUGAGGGAUUCGGAACAGAUGCUAUCAUAUACCUGAAGGCUCUGUCCGAUGAGGCCAACGAACUGUUGCCCAUUUUCAACAAGACAAGCUCAAAGUUCUAUCGCGCCACCGUGCCCACGGGCGACUGGUCCAAUCAGAACUUUUCCAAUCGUUGGCGUUAUUUAUAUGGUUAUUUAAAGAAUUUAUAAAACACCGGGUCAGAUGCGCUUGCAGUCCUUGGUUUUCCUUUCAUUCUCAGGCUAACCAUAACUCUUUGAUCUUCUAGAGCUCGGAUAUGAAUGCCCGGCAGCUGUCGGCCAGCACUCCGAAACGCUACAGCGACUUUGUCCAGGACGCCUAAAAGGAGGACGCCAUCUCAAAACUGCAACUCAGGUUAAGGAAAUUCAGGACAGGAUUCAGGAACCAAACUGUUGGAUAGUCGAAUCUCAAUGUAUAUCACUAGCUCUAGGCAAACAUUCCCAAAGUGCAACAGCAACAGAAGCAACUCAAAUUUGUAUUCAUGGCAGUAACGUGUAGUUAUCUUGUUAUUUAAAAAAAAAUGAAGAAAAUAAUUGAUAGAAAAUGAAUAAAUCAAAUUGUUAAUGAUAAACAGACAAUGGAUUAUUAUCUUUUA